GUCACACUAACAAAUCUCGCAGCUCGGUCGUUUCGCUCGUCGAAAAACGAAGAAAAUGUGCAAAAUAAUUGAUAAACUGUUAUGAAAAGUGUGUAAGAGUGUUGUGUGCAGUGUCUGUCAAUGAAAUUGCAUCAAAUUUGCAAGGUUCAGUCGUCAAAAAAGUGUGAAAAUCGAGAGCAGCAAACCUGAUUUUGGGUGAAGAAGAAGCAGGCAUUUUUCAUCGUCGUAAAAUACGUACAUACAGACACUUACACUCAGGCAGUGAUAUAUGUAUAUACGAAACGCGCGGGCGCGAGAGAGCGAAAAUAACAAGAGAGCGGUUCGUUCGUUCGGUGUGUGUGUGUGUUCGUGUUUUUGUGCGUUUGUUUUGCGAGAGCAACAGAGAGAGAGCGGCGAAUGUGAGAGCCAAAGCAAAAACCAAGAAAUAAGUGAACGAAAAUAAAAACGAAAAUCGCAAUCUCCACCCCUGUAUUUCGUGUUUACUAGUGUUUUGUGUGUGUUUCUGUGCCGUUUUGUUGUGGAAAAUGAGUCCUGAUUUUGGAUUAUUACUAUACUAAAAAUGCCGAACGGUGAAUGCAACACCACCAACCCCUGAAACGAAAUCUCAAUCUGCAUCUGGAUAUUUUUCGUUCGGGAAAAAGAUUUCAAGACACGCAGACUGCAGACUGCAGACUUUUUUGAGCCAGUGUGUGUAAAGAAGAAGAAGUGUGGUGGAAUGGGAUAAAAUACCAAUGAUGUAGACCGAGGAUAUAUAGAGAUGAUGAUGGGGAUAAUGAUGGUAAUGAUAAUGAGCACAAUGUGGCCGCCAACACAAACCAGCAUCAACAACAACAAGCAAAACAACAACAAGAGCGGUUACAGAUGAGAAAAGUUGCCGCGAAAGUACAGCAAUGUGGAAAACUGUGAAUUCGUCGAGCAGAAACUCCCAACGCAGAAAAACUAAACGCGCAAAAAGAAGAAUUUUCAUCAGGCCAUAAAAGCGAGAACAAAGAGAAAAACUGUCGUAAAAAGAGGCAGCAGAGGGAAAACCCACCACUUAAUAGUGGCCCACAACAACAACAAAAACAACUUGUGCUAUCCACAAGUCCAAGCAAGCAAACAAAUCGUAGAAAUAAAAAAAAUUAAGAAUAUCCCCUGCAAGUCCCAACAUAAAUCGAACAAAAAACAACAAGAAAAACCCAAUCAAAAGGCAGGCAAAUGCAAAUGCUAAGUCAAACGCAAACGCACUACUAUUAUGGGUCGCUCCAAGUUUCCCGGCAAACCCUCCAAGUCGAUCAACCGUAAGCGGAUCAGUGUCCUGCAGCUGGAGGAUGAGGGGGCCAAUCCGGCGGAAUCGCAACAGCCACCGGCGGAGUCCCAGCAGCCAAGUGGAUCCGGUUCCGGUUCGCCGGCGUCGCGGGAAAAGGGCAACAAUUGUGAUAACGAUGAGGAUGAUAACGCGCCGGGUGGCGCCUCCAUUAGUGGCAAUACGGCGUCCUCUUCCGGAGCUGCCUCGAGCUCGGAAAAUAGCGGCAAUGGCAACAGUUCCGGAUCGGGAUCGGGUUCAUCCGGUUCGGGAUCCACCAAUGGCGGAGGUGUAAAUGGCGGCACACAUCACAAAAGUGCAGCCAAUCUGGACAAAGAGGCUGUGACGAAGGAUCAAAAUGGGGACAGUGAUAAAACGAGAGGAAAUGCCUCAAGAUUGGCAGCACUAUCCUCUGAGCCAUCAAAAUCUUUGGCAAGUGGCUCUGGAAAAUCCUCUGGCAAGUCAUUCAAAACCUCCUCGGGAACACUUUCUGGAACAUCUUCUGGAAGGUCCUCUGGUUCGUCGCCAGAAGGUAAUUCCUCGGCAUCGUCUGAUGGAGCCUCUUCUGGAAUAUCAUGUGGAAAGUCUAUGGGAACUGCGACCGCAAGGCCAUCUGAAGCAUCCUCUUCGGGAUCGAGCGGAGUAUUAUCUGGAAAAACUGCAAAAACAUCCGCCACUGGGACAAGCUCUGCUGGAAAGCCUUCUAAAGCUUCUUCAGAGAGCACAACCUCCAGCCUGCCCAGUUCAGCAUCCCUCAAAGCCCUGUUCGUGGCAACAACGACCACUUCCACAGGAUUAGCUAGUGCACUGGCAUCCCCUGGUGGAUCCUCGCCAGGAGGAGGAGCCUUUGCUAUAAGUGCCGCUUUGCUGAGAGCUCGCAAGAAUAGCAAUAAAAAGUUUAAAAAUCUUAACCUGGCCAGGGGCGAAGUUAUGCUGCCCUCCACAUCCAAGCUCAAGCAGCUCGAUAGUCCGGUCGUGGAUAGUUCCUCCACCACGACAAGUGUCUCCGCCAGUCUGGUUUCCUCGGAGGGAGUACCGGGCGCAGGGGGCGUGACCAGCCCUGGUGAGGAUGAGGCCCUGAAGCGCGUCUUGAGCGAAAUGCCCAACGAAGUUGCCCCCGAAGCCGCUCCCUCAAGCUGCACUGCAGCGGCGAGUGGAGCGGCAUCGGGAAAGGGAGCAGCAUCCUCUGGAGCGCCAGCAGCAGGAUCAUCAACUGGAGGCAGUAGUCCUAAAUCAGGAACAGAGGCAGUUUCUGCCACGGGAACAACAGUGGCCAAGCAAAAGAAGACGGUGACAUUUAGGAAUGUGCUGGAGACAAGCGAUGAUAAGUCGGUGGUAAAGCGAUUCUACAACCCGGAUAUCCGCACACCAAUCGUCUCCAUCAUGAAGAAGGACUCCCUGAAUCGACCGCUUAACUACUCCCGAGGCGGCGAGUGCAUCGUGCGUCCUUCCAUUUUGUCAAAGAUACUCAACAAGAACUCCAACAUCGAUAAGCUCAACGCGCUCAAAUUUCGUUCGGCGCCGGCGAGUUCAUCGUCCUCCAACCAGGAUCCAGGAUCCUCUCCCAACGUCUUUGGUUUAUCGCGCGCUUUUGGCGCUCCCAUGGAUGAGGAUGAUGAGGGUGGCGUUACCUUUCGUCGCAACGAUUCCCCCGAAGAUCAGGAUGAUGAAGAAAUGGACGAGGAUGAGGACGACGAAGAAAUGGAGGAGGAGGACGAAAACGAGCAGGAGGACAAUGAUGAAGCUGCAUCCGAAAAGAGCGCGGAAACGGAGAAAAGUGCAGGAGCCGAAGAGCGGGAUCCGGACGAGAAGCAACUGGUCAUGGACUCGCAUUUUGUGCUGCCCAAAAGAAGCACCAGGUCCUCCAGAAUCAUUAAGCCCAACAAGAGAUUGCUCGAGGACGGUGGCAUUAGCAGCAAGAAGGUUCCAACAACAAUGAGCGGUGACAGCAAGACGAAGAACCCCUUUGGAACAGCUAGCUCCAGUUUGGCAUCCUCUGCAUCGAGCUCCGCGGCUUCUGGAAGUCUAAAGUUAUCAAAGGACAGCUUCUCGAGCUUUGGCAGCCUGAAACCAAGUAGUAGUGCGACUGGAAGCUUUGUGCUAAGACAGCCGCGCCUGCAGUUUCAGGCGGACAGCAAAUCGGGACCGUUUGGUAGUGCCACCACUAGCCAAUUAUCGCCCAGUGCCAUUCCGACGUCAGCUAAUUCCCUGGCGGUUUCGUCCUUUGGAUCACUAGCCAGUCCCGGCACCAGUUCUUCAACAGGAGGAACACCCACACCCAGUGCCUGCUCCGUGUGCUCCGCGGUGAUCAGCAGCAAAGAAGUGGGUCAGGCCCGAAAGUUUGGAGUGGUAGCCUGCGAAGUUUGCAGGAAGUUCAUCUCAAAGAUGACCAAGAAAUCUAUAUCGGCCAAUUCGAGCAGUGCCAAUGCUUCCUCCGGCAGUCAACAGCUGCAAUGCAAAGGAGGCGAAGGAACAGCAUGCAGCAUCCAGGCAACAAAGAGUCAGUUGAAAAACUUCAAGAGGUUUUACAAGGAUCGUUGUACCGCCUGUUGGCUAAAGAAGAGCAUGAUCGCCUUCCAGCUGCCGGCGGCGCAUAGGAGUAGGUUGAGUGCUAUUCUGCCUCCAGGGAUGCGAGUGGAGACCUCUCCGCGAGAUGAUAAGUCUACAGAGCUACUGUCUCCAACGGGAAGUGUAAGAUUUACGGCCUCGACGUCAUCAACUUCCUCAUCUGUGGUUGCUUCCUCGUCUGUCAAGUGGAAAUCUUCUGGUGACUCAACCUCUGCUUUGCCCUCAAUCAAAUCCAAUCCUCUGGCAGAGAACAAUGUCACAUUUGGCAGUACACCUUUGCUGCGGCCCGCAAUUUUGGAGAAGCCUCUCUUCUUGAAGAUCAGCAAUGCCGCGGAUCAGAAGCUUACAUCUUCUGAAGCGAUUAGUCCCAGUCCAUCGAGGAAGACCAGUAAGCAGGAAAAGGAAAAGGAGAAGGCGAAGGAACAAGAGCAGACCGAGAAGCCUCUUAGUCCCACAUUGGCAGCCGCAAAGAAAUCUGCAGCAGUGGAGAGUCCAGUGGAAGAGCCUCCAAAGGAGGAGGCACCACAAACACCCUCAACCAGUGCAACGGCAACACAGGGCGCAUCUUCCAAUGGAACCACUCAAGCAGUUGCCCAAACCGAAACUAAUGGGGAAAGCAACGCUACGGGCGACACUCUAAAACGACAAAGGAUUGAUCUGAAGGGACCUCGAGUGAAGCACGUCUGCCGCAGUGCCUCCAUAGUGCUUGGGCAACCUUUGGCCACAUUCGGCGAGGAUCAGCAGCCCGAGGAGGAGUCGGCUGAAGUGCAGCAGGAAACUGCAACUCCAGUGCCAUCAGCAAAUCCAGAGACUGUCUCCGACAAACCAACUCAAAUUGUCACUGACGAGAACGAUAAUUGUGCAAGCUGUAAAACUACUCCUGCUGAGGAAUCGAAGCCCAGUAAGUCACCUGGAGCUGCUCAGACUGAAGUGAAGAAGAUAGCCGCCGCAGGAAAGGAAGCAGCAUCAUCUGCAGCAUCUUCAACAGCAGCAGCACCUGCCAAGGUCACAACAAGAAAUGCAGCAGUUACAUCAAACCUAAUUGUGGCGGCCAGCAAAAAGCAGCGAAACGGAGACAUCGUUACCUCCAGUUCAGUCACUCAAUCCUCGAAUCAAACCCAAGGACGAAGGGCGAAGGAGCAGCGACAGCAACGAACGCUGAUCUCCAUCGAUUUCUGGGAGAAUUACGAUCCUGCUGAAGUGUGCCAAACGGGUUUUGGAUUGAUCGUAACCGAAACAGUGGCUCAGCGGGCUCUGUGCUUCCUGUGCGGAUCCACCGGCUUAGAUCCCCUGAUCUUCUGCGCCUGCUGUUGCGAGCCGUAUCAUCAGUACUGCGUCCAGGAUGAGUACAACCUGAAGCACGGUUCGUUUGAGGACACAACGCUGAUGGGCAGCAUGCUGGAGACGACGUUAAGCGCCUCUGGGCCAUCGUCAUCGUCGCUGAAUCAACUGACGCAACGCCUCAAUUGGCUGUGUCCCCGCUGCACCGUUUGCUACACCUGCAACAUGUCAUCGGGAUCUAAAGUCAAGUGCCAGAAGUGCCAGAAGAACUAUCACAGCACGUGCUUGGGCACCAGCAAGAGGCUUUUGGGAGCAGAUCGGCCUUUAAUAUGUGUGAACUGCUUGAAAUGCAAGUCAUGCUCCACCACAAAGGUAUCGAAGUUUGUGGGCAACCUACCGAUGUGCACGGGUUGCUUUAAGCUGCGCAAGAAGGGCAACUUUUGUCCGAUUUGCCAACGGUGCUACGACGACAAUGACUUCGAUCUGAAGAUGAUGGAGUGCGGCGAUUGUGGUCAGUGGGUGCACUCCAAGUGCGAAGGUCUCAGCGACGAGCAGUACAAUCUGCUGAGCACUCUACCCGAAUCCAUCGAAUUUAUCUGCAAGAAGUGUGCGCGCAGGAACGAGAACUCCAGGAUCAAGGCAGAGGAGUGGCGGCAGGCGGUCAUGGAGGAGUUCAAAGCGAGUCUCUACAGUGUAUUAAAGCUUCUCAGCAAAUCUCGACAGGCGUGUGCGCUUCUCAAACUGAGUCCGCGCAAGAAGCUGCGUUGCACCUGCGGAGCAUCCACGAACCAAGGAAAACUCCAGCCCAAGGCCCUGCAAUUCAGUGGAUCGGACAAUGGUUUGGGAAGCGAUGGGGAGUCGCAGAACAGCGACGAUGUCUACGAGUUCAAGGAGCAGCAGCAGCAACAGCAGCAAAGGAAUGUGAACGCCAACAAAUCACGAGUAAAAUCUGUGCCCUGCUCCUGCCAACAGCCCAUCAGUCAUCCGCAAUCCUUCAGCCUGGUGGAUAUCAAGCAAAAGAUUGCCGGCAACUCGUACGUUUCCCUGGCGGAAUUCAACUACGACAUGAGCCAGGUUAUCCAGCAGAGCAAUUGCGAUGAACUGGACAUUGCCUACAAGGAGCUGUUGAGUGAGCAGUUUCCCUGGUUCCAAAACGAAACGAAAGCCUGCACGGAUGCUCUCGAGGAGGAUAUGUUUGAGUCCUGUUCGGGGACCAACUAUGAGGAUCUGCAGGAAGGUGUAGGAGGAAGUGCCUCGGUCUACAACGAACACUCAACUUCGCAGGCAGAGUCGCGCUCCGGGGUGUUGGAUAUUCCCCUCGAGGAAGUCGACGAUUUUGGCAGCUGUGGCAUCAAAAUGCGACUGGAUACCCGAAUGUGCCUUUUCUGUCGAAAGAGCGGCGAAGGUUUGUCCGGCGAGGAGGCACGACUCCUGUACUGUGGUCACGACUGCUGGGUUCACACCAACUGUGCCAUGUGGUCAGCGGAGGUGUUCGAGGAGAUCGAUGGCUCCCUGCAAAAUGUCCACAGUGCCGUGGCCAGGGGAAGGAUGAUCAAGUGCACGGUGUGUGGCAAUCGAGGCGCCACCGUUGGCUGCAACGUGCGAUCCUGCGGCGAGCACUAUCACUACCCCUGUGCCAGAAGCAUCGACUGCGCCUUCCUUACCGACAAAUCCAUGUAUUGCCCCGCCCAUGCCAAAAAUGGAAAUGCCCUGAAGGCCAAUGGUUCCCCCAGUGUCACGUACGAAUCCAACUUCGAAGUAUCGCGACCCGUUUACGUGGAACUGGAUAGAAAGCGCAAGAAGCUGAUUGAACCAGCACGUGUCCAAUUCCACAUUGGAUCCCUGGAGGUCCGGCAAUUGGGAACCAUUGUUCCGAGAUUCUCGGAUUCCUACGAGGCGGUGGUGCCCAUUAAUUUCCUGUGUAGUCGCCUGUAUUGGUCUUCCAAGGAACCCUGGAAAAUAGUGGAGUAUACAGUGCGCACUGUCAUCCAGAACAGCUCGUCAACUCUCACAGCAUUGGAUGUGGGCAGGAACUAUACGGUGGAUCACACCAAUCCGAAUGGCAAGGAGGUUCAGUUGGGUCUGGCGCAAAUUGCCCGCUGGCACACCAGUUUGGCUAGGAGUGAUUUCCUGGAGAAUGGCGGCGCCGAUUGGAGCGGCGAGUUUCCCAACCCGAACUCUUGUGUGCCACCGGAUGAGAACACGGAAGAGGAGCCACAACAGCAGGCUGAUUUGCUUCCGCCGGAGAUCAAAGAUGCCAUUUUCGAGGAUCUGCCCCACGAGCUACUCGAUGGCAUCUCCAUGCUGGACAUAUUCAUGUACGAAGACCUGGCGGAUAAGCAAGACCUGUUUGCCAUUAGUGAGCAAUCCAAGGACGGCACUCAGGCCAUGACCUCCAGCCAGGUUCAGAGCCAAAAUCAACAAGCCGGAGGAGCUGGUUCCGUGAGCAUCUGUGAUGAGGACACCCGGAAUUCGAAUACGAGCUUGGGAAAUGGCUGGCCAGCCAGCAAUCCCGUGGAGGAUGCCAUGCUGUCCGCAGCCCGAAACUCCAGCCAAGUGCAGAUGCUCAAAACGCUGGCGUGGCCGAAGCUGGACGGGAAUAGUGCCAUGGCCACGGCCAUUAAGAGGCGGAAACUAUCGAAGAACUUGGCUGAAGGAGUGCUCUUAACCCUGAGCAGUCAGCAGCGGAGCAAAAAGGAGAUGGCCACCGUGGCUGGCGUUUCCCGGAGGCAAUCCAUCAGCGAGGCAUCCACGGAAGGCGUAGCCACCACAUCUGGUUCCAUGAGGAGCAAGAGCUUCACUUGGAGUGCAGCCAAGCGCUACUUCGAAAAGAGCGAAGGACGCGAAGAGCCCGCCAAGAUGAGGAUAAUGCAAAUGGACGGCGUGGACGACUCCAUAACGGAAUUCCGGAUAAUAGCCGGGGAUGGGAAUCUCUCGACGGCUCAGUUCACCGGUCAGGUGAAGUGCGAUCGGUGCCAGUGUACCUACAGGAACUACGAUGCCUUUCAGCGCCAUUUACCGACUUGUGGACCAGCGAUGACCACAAAUGAGUCCGAAUCUGAUGUGAAUGCGGCAGGAGGUGCGAAUAAUCCCACCCAGCUGAGUGCGGAGAGCCUGAAUGAGCUGCAGAAGCAACUUCUAGCGAAUGCAGGAGGCUUAAAUUACCUCCAGACAGCCGCAUCGUUUCCGCAAGUCCAGAGCUUGGGUUCCCUGGGCCAGUUUGGGUUGCAGGGAUUGCAGCAGCUUCAGCUGCAACCCCAAUCCCUGGGCAAUGGGUUCUUCCUCUCGCAACCGAAUCCCACCACCCAAGCGAACACAGAUGAGUUGCAAAUCUAUGCGAACUCGCUGCAAAGUCUGGCCGCCAAUCUGGGUGGAGGUUUUACUUUGGCUCAGCCCACGGUGACGGCACCAGCGCAACCGCAACUGAUUGCCGUCUCCACCAAUCCCGAUGGCACACAGCAGUUUAUCCAAAUCCCACAGACGAUGCAGGCCACUACGACGACGCCAACGGCAACUUACCAGACGCUGCAGGCCACCAAUACGGACAAGAAGAUAAUGCUCCCACUGACGGCGGCUGGGAAACCCCUGAAAACCGUGGCCACCAAGGCGGCUCAACAGGCGGCUGCCAAGCAGCGGCAACUGAAGUCCGGCCACCAGGUGAAACCCAUUCAGGCGAAGCCCAUUCAACAGCAGCCGCAGGCUCAAGUGCAACAACCGAUCACCGUGAUGGGCCAGAAUCUCCUCCAGCCGCAGUUGCUCUUUCAGAGCAGCGCCCAGUCGCAGGCGCCGCAGCUGAUCCUGCCGCAGGCGCAACCCCAGAACAUCAUAUCCUUUGUAACCGGAGACGGAAGCCAGGGACAACCGCUUCAGUACAUCUCGAUACCCACGGCCAGCGAAUACAAACCGCAGCCACAACCCGCAGCCACACCGACGUUCCUGACCACCGCUCCCGGCGGAGGAGCCACCUACCUGCAAACGGAUGCGAGUGGAAAUCUAGUGCUCACCACCACACCCACCAAUUCCGGGUUACAAAUGCUCACCACGCAAUCUCUGCAGGCGCAACCCCAAGUGAUAGGAACUCUCAUCCAACCGCAAACCAUUCAAUUGGGCGGAGGAGCAGACGGCAACCAGGCAGCCAGCACUCAGCAGCCAUUAAUUUUGGGUGGAACGGGUGGUGGGGCCACUGGUCUCGAGUUUGCCACCACCACGCCACAAGUGAUCUUGGCCACCCAACCGAUGUACUACGGAUUGGAGACGAUUGUCCAGAAUACGGUGAUGUCGUCGCAGCAAUUUGUGUCUACAGCGAUGCCCGGAAUGCUCAGCCAGAAUGCCAGUUUCUCGGCCACGACGACGCAGGUGUUCCAGGCCAGUAAAAUCGAACCGAUUGUGGACCUGCCCGCUGGCUAUGUGGUGCUCAACAAUGCAGGAGAUGCGGCCAGUGCGGGAACAUUCCUGAACGCAGCCAGUGUGUUGCAACAGCAGUCGCAGGAUGACGCCACUACGCAGCUGCUGCAGAAUGCCAACUUCCAGUUCCAGACGGGCACCACAUCCUCGGGAGCCACCACAUCCAUGGAUUUCACCGCACCCGUUAUGGUCACCGCCAAGAUUCCACCAGUCACCCAAGUGAAGCGGACCACCGCUCAAGCCAAGGCAACCGGAAUUUCGGGAGUAGGGAAGGUGCCGCCGCAACCGCAGGUGGUCAACAAGGUGCUGCCCACCAGCAUAGCCACCCAGCAGUCCCAAGUGCAGCUCAAGAACUCCAACCUGAAGCAAACUCAGAUGAAGGGCAAGGCGGCGGCGGCCACAGGAACCAAUUGCGGAGCACCACCGAGCAUUGCGUCGAAGCCGCUGCAAAAGAAGACCAACAUGAUUCGACCCAUUCACAAGUUGGAAGUGAAACCGAAGGUGAUGAAGCCCACGCCCAAGGUGCAGCAUCAAAACCAAGCCAUCUUGCAGCAGCAACAACAGCAGCAGCAGCAGCAGCAGCCGCAACAGUUGCAGCAGCAAGUUCCAGCCGUGGUGGUCAAUCAGCUGCCCAAGGUAACGAUCUCACAGCAACGAAUCCCGGCGCAGCCGCAGCAGCAGCCGCUUCAGCAGACGCAGUUGCUCCACAUUCCCCAGCAGCAGCAGCAGCAGCAGCAACUGCAGCAACAGCCGCUGCAGCAACAGCAGCAGGUUCAGCCCUCGAUGCCCAUUAUAACGAUUGCAGAGGCACCAGUGAUGCAGAAUCAAUUCGUGAUGGAACCCCAAGUGAUGGAGCAGCAGGAGAUGGUGAAUCGAGUGCAGCACUUCUCGACGAGCAGCAGCAGCAGUAGCAACUGUUCGCUGCCCACAAACGUGGUGAAUCCCAUGCAACAACAGGCGCCACCAACCACCAGCAACAGUUCCACGACGAGGCCAACGAAUCGCGUGCUGCCCAUGCAGCAGCGCCAGGAGCCGGCUCCUCUGGCCAACGAGUGUCCCGUGGUCCCGUCACCCACGCCUCCCAAGCCCAUCGAACAACCGAUAAUGCAGCAAAUGACCGGAGCCAGUGCCUCCAAGUGUUAUGCCCAGAAGACAGCGUUGCCUUCACCCAUUUACGAGGCGGAACUGAAGGCUGUUUCGGUUUUGGAUAGCAUUGUGCCAGCCACCACAAUGGAGGCCAUCCUGGAGGAACAGCCCGCCACGGAGUCCAUCUACACGGAGGGACUCUACGAGAAGCACUCGCCGGCGGAGGCCAAAACGGAGCAGCUUCUCCUGCAGCAGCAGCAACGCGAGCAACUCACCCAACAGCUGGCCAACAACGGGUUUCUGCUGGACAAGCACACUUUCCAGGUGGAAGCCAUGGACACGGAUGCCUACCGCGAUGAUGAUCUCGAGGAUGAGGAAGACGAGGAUGAUGACUUCAGUUUGAAGAUGGCCACGUCGGCUUGUAACGAUCACGAGAUGUCAGACAGCGAGGAGCCGGCGGUCAAGGAUAAGAUCAGCAAGAUUCUGGACAACCUAACCAACGAUGAUUGUGCGGAUUCCAUAGCCACUGCCACUACAAUGGAAGUGGAAGCCAGUGCGGGUUACCAGCAAAUGGUGGAGGAUGUCCUGGCCACCACUGCAGCCGUAUCCGCUUCGGCGCCCUCUGAGGCAUUCGAAGCCACUCUGGAAACUGCAGCCGUGGAAGCGGCAGCCACUUACAUCAAUGAAAUGGCCGAUGCCCACGUACUGGAACUGAAGCAACUGCAGAAUGGUGUGGAACUGGAGCUCAGGAGGAGAAAGGAGGAUCAACGAACGGCUGCGCAAGAACAGGAACCAUCGAAGGCGGCUGUAGUGCCCACAGCAGCUGCUCCAGAACCACCGCCACCGAUUCGCGAGCCCAAGAAGAUCAGUGGUCCGCAUCUGCUGUACGAAAUCCAGAGCGAAGAUGGUUUCACCUACAAGUCCAGCUCGAUAUCCGAGAUCUGGGAGAAGGUCUUUGAGGCGGUGCAGGUGGCCAGGCGGGCCCAUGGACUCACCCCGCUGCCGGAGGGUCCUCUGGCGGAUAUGGGUGGCAUCCAGAUGAUUGGCCUCAAAACGAAUGCCCUGAAGUACCUGAUCGAACAGCUACCGGGAGUGGAGAAGUGCUCCAAGUACACUCCAAAGUAUCACAAGCGAAAUGGCAAUGUGUCCACAGCGGCGAGUGCAGGACAUGGCGGGAAUAUUGGCGGAGGAGGUGCCUCUGCGGCCCUGUCGGCAGUUUCCUGUGGAGAUCCCCAAGGGCUGCUCGACUACGGAUCCGAUCAUGAUCAUGAUGAGCUGCAGGAGAACGAGUACGAUUGCGCCCGCUGUGAGCCGUAUGCCAGUCGCAGCGAGUACGAUAUGUUCAGUUGGCUGGCCUCCAGGCAUCGCAAGCAACCGAUUCAGGUGUUUGUCCAGCCAUCGGACAACGAACUGGUGCCCAGGAGAGGAACUGGCAGCAACCUGCCCAUGGCCAUGAAGUACCGCACGCUGAAGGAGACCUACAAGGAUUAUGUCGGAGUCUUCAGAUCGCACAUUCAUGGACGAGGCCUUUACUGCACCAAGGACAUUGAAGCGGGCGAAAUGGUCAUCGAAUACGCUGGUGAACUGAUUCGCUCCACGCUGACAGACAAAAGGGAGCGGUACUACGACAGCCGCGGCAUUGGAUGCUAUAUGUUCAAGAUCGAUGACAACCUCGUGGUAGAUGCCACCAUGCGCGGCAAUGCGGCCCGCUUCAUCAAUCACUCGUGUGAGCCGAAUUGCUACUCGAAAGUGGUGGACAUCCUGGGUCACAAACACAUCAUCAUCUUUGCGCUGCGCCGAAUUGUGCAGGGCGAGGAGCUGACCUACGACUAUAAGUUCCCCUUCGAGGACGAAAAGAUACCCUGCUCAUGCGGUUCCAAAAGGUGUCGGAAGUACUUAAAUUAGGAACGGAAAGGUCAAUAAUAAGGGAUAGACAGCAGAAAGGGCGCUGGGCGCCCCAAUUAAUCCUUAUACUCAGAAAGAAGGGUUGAUUUAUGUAAACGAUCUGGAAGAUCUUAGGGGAGGAAAGCGAUAUUUAGGGCUGAAUGCAAUGUCCUGGAUACUUUGGUUUAAUAUCAAUUUCGUCCUUUUCUUCAAAGGGAAAUUAACGUCUUUUUUGUAAUAAAUACUACAGAGGUUUAAUCCAAAAUAAUCUUUAACCGUUAAAAUGUAUUAUAAUAGUACAUCGGACAGAUGUAACUUUUUCUUAAAUCAGUUUUAUUGUUUUGCAUUGUUCGCGUUUAUAAAGAAAAUUAUAUUCUUACAUUUUUCUUAAAUAAGAAGUGAUCGAUCAAAUAACUAAUAAGAAAAAAGGAAACUAAAAAGAUCUUGCUUUUCUUUUGGAAAGUGUUGAAAUUGAUAUUAAACUAUGAAUGUGCAAGCAUUACUUUACCUUCCUUAUCGAGCAUAAAUCAAACCCCAAACACACCUGGAAUGAGAAUUGAAACACUUGUAGUUAACGGUUAUAUCGAUCUAUGUUUGGUCAAUCGUGAUACUUUUCGUUUUACAACCCCCAUACGUCUUAAGUAGUUGAUAUGUAAAAGUUAAACAGUUGAUAUUAUUCUAUAUCGUAUAUCUAAAGAACACGGCACAUAUUAGGCAACGAAGCAAGUAAGAUCCGAGCGAUCGGAGUGAAUGAACAGAAACUCGACGAUGUCAGUAUUCAGGGGGCGAAGAAUUAAUUGUAUAUUACAUAUGUUACGUACUAGCUACCUAUCACAUACGGAUAAUGAUAUGCAGAUCAGUUAGCUAACUAGACUAAGGCUUCACAGAUUCUAUAUACGAGAUAACUAAGCUAAGCUGAUAAUAUAAUAUAUAACUUGUUGGGCUUAGGCGAAUGACAGAUAAACGAUGGGAGACAUUAAAAACAAUUACUUACAGGGGCUUGUGUUAGAUUGUACAUAAAUUGCAUACGAAUUAUAAAUAUCUAUAUUGUAUACCUACUGUAAUGAGAAAUUAACUAACCUUAAGUUACCAGGAUCGUGUAAGAUGAAACUAUUUUCUGUAGAGCUCUGCGUAUUUAUGUUUGUUAACAAUUAACCAGCCGAUUAAUUGAUUGAACUACGAAUAAUAUCCGCAACCACAUGCUUAUAUAUCUACUAUUUAGAGAACGAAACCAAGCAUCACCCUUGAAAUUAUUGCUUUGUGAGCAGGCGACCACAACAGCAAACUAAAAACAACAACACCAACAACCAAUUGUAAUUGUACGGAGUCCACUGAUUGUAUAUUUAUUAUUUUACACCUAAGUUUUAAAGCAUGUACAUUAUUGUGACCAUUUGUUUGCCUUGAUUGGAGCCCAAGCAUAAUCAUAAUUUGUAGCGCCUAACUUUAGUUCAGCUCCCUUGUAUUCUACUAGUUUAACGAUUGUUUCGCUUAAGACUAGCAUUAGUCCGCUCUGGUAUUUGUCCAAAAUUGUACACAGAAAACGAAAAAAACACACACAGCAGGCAGAAGAAUAUGUAUAUUCCUAUCGGGCGAGAUCGGUCGGACUUGUACAGGCAAAGUUCCAUAGCAUUUUUGGCAGCCAUUCAAGACGCGCGCACUUUUUGCACGCUGUCGAGGAAUUUUAUAUUUUUAUUCCCUAAAGAAAAAAGUUUAAUAAACUACAGAUUUAAAUUCAAAGCUAA